AUGGCCGCCAAUGACGAUGGUGAUGCAGCUCGUCACCAGGAGUGGUACGACAUAGAUAUCGAAGAACCUGCUGAUGGCUUUGCGGCAAAUCCAUACCCUUGUAUUGGACAUUACCGUUUCCUCAAUCUCACAUUGCUCACUCACCCGCUCUAUGAGUCUAUUCUUACGAGGCUAAAGUCCAACUCAAACUCCAUCUACUUGGAUCUGGGGUGUUGCUUUGGCCAAGACCUGCGUCAGCUAGUAUACGAUGGUGUACCAUCAUCACAACUUACUGGUCUUGAUAUUGAGGGUCCUCUGAUGAACCUUGGAUAUCAACUUUUCCUUGAUCAAGGAACACUGGAUAGCAGGUUCCUUGUGGCAGACAUAUUCAAGGGGGAGUCUCAAGGCGAACCCUGGACAGACCUACUUGCCACUGGAGCUGACGAGCAGAUUGAAGCUGCUAAGAUCAUUGGGAAAUUAGUGAGGAAGAACGGAAUUAUGGUCGGGAGACAGAGUGGGAGUGUGAAGCCUGGUGAAGUUACUGCUAUCAAGCCUGGAUCUACUAGCUUUAGACAUGAUGUUAGCACAUUAGAUGAGAUGUGGAACAGAAUUGGAGAAGAAACAGGAACCAAAUGGAAGGUGGAAGGUUCUCUUGAUCAAGUCGGGAUAAAGAGGAAGACGGCCAGCGCGGUCGAAGAUGAAAACUCUAGACGGCUGCUUUUCACCAUUACACGGGAGGAAUAG